CAGGGUUUGCCAGGCAAAGGCGGAGCGCUAACGUCUAACGCUAACGGCGGUCGUGCCCCGCCGCUGCUGUCACCCCUGGCCGCUGCUGCCCUCCCCGCCGAGGUUCUACUGCUCUUCUUGAGAAGAAGGGUGGGAGGCACUGGAUCUCUCCCCACACCUCUCGCCUGAGGCCAGGCGCCAGGUGUCGCCUGAAGCCAGACAGCCGGUUUGGGAGCGAGCCUGAGGUCAACCAAUCAAUGGCUCAGACAGAUAAGCCAACAUGCAUCCCGCCGGAGCUGCCGAAAAUGCUGAAGGAGUUUGCCAAAGCCGCCAUUCGGGCGCAGCCGCAGGACCUCAUCCAGUGGGGGGCCGAUUAUUUUGAGGCCCUGUCCCGUGGAGAGACGCCUCCGGUGAGAGAGCGGUCUGAGCGAGUCGCUUUGUGUAACUGGGCAGAGCUAACACCUGAGGUGUUAAAGAUCCUGCAUUCUCAGGUUGCUGGCAGACUGAUCAUCCGUGCAGAGGAGCUGGCCCAGAUGUGGAAAGUGGUGAAUCUCCCAACAGAUCUGUUUAAUAGUGUGAUGAAUGUGGGUCGCUUCACGGAGGAGAUUGAGUGGCUGAAGUUUUUAGCCCUUGCUUGCAGCGCUCUGGGAGUUACUAUUACCAAAACUCUCAAGAUAGUGUGUGAGGUCUUAUCAUGUGACCACAAUGGUGGGUUGCCCCGGAUCCCAUUCAGCACCUUCCAGUUUCUCUACACGUAUAUUGCCGAAGUGGAUGGGGAGAUCUGUGCAUCACACGUCAGCAGGAUGCUAAACUACAUUGAACAGGAAGUAAUUGGUCCUGAUGGUUUAAUCACGGUGAAUGACUUUACCCAAAACCCCAGGGUUCGGCUGGAGUAACAGCACAAUUUUGGCAAUUUUAAAGGAAGAUACAGAGGUGAUUGUACUUCAGAAUGAUAAACCCAUAUACCACCCAAAAUCAAUUUUCUUGUACAACUGGUACACACUAAUAAACAAACAUGUCAGAUCAGAAA